ACCGCCGCGCCGGGGCCGCUGCUGGGGCCGCGGUGCCCCGCACUCGGCCCAGUCGCCGGAGACUAGCCCUGAGGGUCGCACGUGCACACGGAGACAGAGACAGAGACAGAGACGGAGAGAGUUAGAGAGCGGAGCAGCCAGGUCGACGACUGGGUCAGCAGCAGCACGGACGGUGCAAAGGUGUCAGGGUAGUCGCUCUGCUCUCAUUAGAACCAAACAUCUCAGCCAUGGACGUCGAGAGGGGACUGUUUAAGCGCACUCGGCUGAUGGAGGCAGCCAUCGCCGGCGAUGUCGACAAGAUCAAGGAACUCCUCGCAGCUGGGGCGAAUGUCAACCACGCUUCCAGCUAUGACGGGGAGACGGCUCUGACGCUGGCCUGUUCCCGCGGGGAGACCAAGCCGGUCGGCCUGCUGGUACAGCGCGGAGCAGACGUGAACCAUGUCAACGGGGAUGGGGAUACCCCGCUGAUACUGGCCGCAGGCUCUGGAAACGUCCUGUUGGUGAAGGGCCUGCUGGUGGAGAAGGCCGACUUCGAGUACCGCAACAAGAGGACCGGCGAUACGGCGCUAAGUAGAGCCAUGGCCUUCGACCGACAGGCGUGCGCCCAACUGCUGAUAAAGCACGACGCGUUCGUAGCCACGGACGUGUCCUCGAUGUUCGAGGCCAUCCGCGCUGGUCACACCGACACCAUACUGGAGUUACUGAAGAGACAUGAACAGGAGAAGGGUACCAAGCCCCGUGUGGAGACGAUUGUGCUCAGCGCAGCCUCCUGCGGACAAGUGCACAUCAUAGAGACGCUUCUCGACAUCGACAGAGACAACGAGCUCAACGUGCUCAACUACCGUACGAUGGACGGUCGGACCCCGCUGAUCGCCGCCUGCGCCGCCGGUCACACGGACACCGCCGAGCUGCUGAUCGAGCGCGGCGCACAGGUGGACAGCCCGCUCAACAAGACCAUGACGCCGCUGUCGGUGGCCGUGGACGGCGGCCACGCCGACCUGACGCUGCUGCUGCUGGCCAAGGGCGCCGACCCGCACCGCCAACUGCAGAGCGGGCUGACUCCUGUGAUGAUCGCCUCCUCCCACGGCUUCACCAAGGUGCUCAACAUGCUGCUCAACUACGAGACCAUCCAGCAGAACAUGGAGGCACUGAGCGAUGCAAAUCGCGCGGCUGGAGCUGCCAACGGAGCCGCUAACGGCGCUGCCAACCGGGCCGCCAACGGGGCCGCCAACGGGGCCGCCAACGGGGCCGCCAACGGCGCUGCCAACGGGGCCGCCAACGGCGCUGCCAACGGGGCCGCCAACGGCGCUGCCAACGGGCACGGCGCGAACGGAGCCUCCAGCGGCGGGUACGACAGCGAGACGAGCUCCGAAGGCGGCGGCGCCAGCGGCGACUCCGGCAGCGACAACGACGACGAGUUGGUGGACGAGGCCGAGACGGGCUCCGACGAGGAGCGCCCGCAGAGGGAGGCGCGGCGCGGCGCCGCCGCCCGGCCCUCGGCCCGCCGCGCACUGUGGCAGGACGCCUUCUCCGUCGGCAGGCAGGAGCGGGCCCGGAAGCGGUCGGUGCUGGUGCGCGCGUACGGCGCCGAGCUGGCCGCGCUCUCCGGCGUCCCGGUGGACCAGCUCCUGCCGGACAGUGACGAGGAGGAGGCCCUGGAGAUCCAGUACCGCGUGGCCGAGACGCAGCUCAUCCUGGACGACAUCCGCGACGAUACCAAGGAGUACCUGGAGCGGCAGGCCGAAUACGAGCAGAGCAUGGACCAGCUGCCCGCCGACCCCGAGGAGAGGAAGCUGACGCUGCAGCAGCUCAAUGAGGAAGGCGCGCGCCUCGACUCCAUGAAGGAGCGGAUGAACAAGAGGAUCGACCAGUUUGAGGCCAAGGUUCGGGACAACUAUCGGAAAGUGAAGGAUCCUCCGCCGAGGGCAAUGUCUCCCCCCAAGGGACUCGCUGCUCGCCGGGUGAUGAUGAACAAGGAGCGGCUGGUGACGGUGGUGACGUCCAAGGGAGACACGCCGCUACACCUGGCCGCCGGCGCCGGUCACAAGGACGCCAUCGAACUGCUGCUCAUCAGCGGAGCGCACACCGAGGAGUACAACCAGGCCGGGGUGCUGGCGCUCCACCUGGCCGCCUCUGGAGGGCACGCCGACGCCGUCCAGGCGCUGAUCGCCUACCGCGCCGACAUCGAGGGCGUCACCAAAUCCAGCUGCGACACCGCGCUCGGCCUGGCCGCCAUGAACGGGCACAUGGAGACCAUGGCCGUGCUGCUGCAGCGCGGCGCGAGCGUGCGCCACGAGAACGCACUGUCGCUGACGCCACUGGCCCUGGCGGCCCAGGGCGGCCACACAGCCGCCAUCGAGCUGCUCAUGGACGCCGACGCCGACAUCGACGGCGGCAACUUCAGCAAGAUGUCGUUCAGAGAGGAGAUGGACCCGGCGGCGCGCGCCAACGUCACCCCCCUGAUGCUGGCCGCUUCCCACGGCCACGGCGACACGGUCCACUAUCUCCUUGCCUACGGAGCCAAGACCAACAUCAAGGCAACCAAGACCAAGGUGAACGCCCUGAACCUGGCCUGCCGGAAGGGUCAUCUGGACAUCGUCAAAUCACUUCUGAAGAGGACCAAAGUCACCAAGGACUUCAUCGAGAACUGCGCCAGGCAAGGGGUGACGCCGCUGAUGGAGGCGGCGAUGCUGGGCCACACGGAGCUGGGCCAGCUGCUGCUGGACGCCGGCGCCCACGUUAACACGGAGUCUCUGGUGCACCAUGACACGGCGCUGCACGCGGCCGCCGCCGCCGGCAUGCUCCAGUUCGCCGAGAUGCUCAUCAGACGCGGCGCUCGGGUGGACGUGAAGAACAAGAGCGGCCGCACGCCGCUCUGGAUGGCCGCCGAGAGCGGCUUCGUCGACCUGGCCACGCUACUGCUGGAGAAGGGCGCCAGCGUGCACUCGCAGGACAACGCAGACGUGUCCGUUCUGAAGCAGGCGUACAGAAAUGCUCAGGUCGAGAUGACCGAGUUCCUCCUGAAGAGGGGCGCGCGCCUCCCCAAGGACGCCGGCGCCGACCUGAAGACCUGCAUCGACAAGUGCAAGGACGAUCCCUCGAAGAUGUUCCAGGUGGCUCGGCUGGAGAAAUGCCGCGCCAUCGCCAUGGCCGCCGCCGGUAAGACCAAAAAGCGGCCCGGUCAGGCGCAGCAGCAGCAGCGGCAGACGGAUGCCGAGAGAAAGGCGGCCGAGCAGCGCGCGCAGCAGGCCUUCGAGGAGCUCCUCCUGGCAGAGGGAGGAGGACAAAAGGGCGCCGGAGGAGGACAAAAGGGCGGCGGAGGCGGAAAGAAAAAGAACCGGAAGAAGAACAAAAAGGGAGGAAAAUCGGCUACCGCCGCGGCAAGCUCUGCAGGCCGGGACUCGGACGACGCGGCCAGCCAGGGCUCCCAGUCACCCGAUGAGGAAGGGUCGCUGCGUGUUUCUGCCGAAGAUUCUGCCCGCAAAACUGACCCAGAGAGCUCAGCUGGCAAGUCACCGUCUCAUGCAGCUGCCGUGCCCAGCAAAUCAACCUCAGGUGGAGGUCGGCAGACGCCUGCAGAGCCCAUGCCUCCCCAAAAGCAGAAGGGCAAGCAACAGCAGAGUAAGACGUCUGCGCAGGCGAAGUCUCCUCAAAAGCAGAAGAACCAACAACAGCAGAGUGAGCCCUCUGCGCAGGCGAAGUCUCCUCAAAAGCAGAAGAACCAGCAACAGCAGAGCGAAUCCUCUGCGCAGGCGGGAUCUCCAACGAAGCAGAGGUACCAACAGCAAGAGCAACAGCAGCAGCAGCAGGGCCAGUCCUCGAGACGCCGACAUGGGCAGAGCCACCAGUCACAGCGGCGGCAGCCUCGGCCGCAGGAGGGACAGCAGGAGGGACAGCAGCCGCAGCCUCAGGAGGCUAGCCAGGAGAAACAGCAGGAGAGGCAGCAGCCGCAGCCGAAGGAGGCCCAGCAGCAGCGGCCCGCCGGCUCCAGGGGCUCGUCCGCCUCCUCUGUCGGCCGGGGCGCGGCGCGGCGCGACCUGACACCCUCCCAGCCGGAGGCGCCGCCCGGGAUGGCCUACGAGCCCUUCCGGCGGAGGUACGAGUGGGUGUCCAACCCGGAGAGGAUCCCCGGCCACUCGGCGUCAGCCGCCCGGCCGGCCGGCGCCUCUGCCGAGCCGCCGACGGCAGGCGAGACAGCAGCGGACGGCCUAGCAGUGAACGCCGCAGCAGCAGAUGGCGCGGAGGGAGGGCCCUCCGAACCCGGGAGGGACGCGCCAAAGGUGGGUCCUCGUGCCUAG